AUGCAAUACCGCUCUCGUGCCGUCGCUCCCGCUUCUCCCUCGAUGACCUCUUCCGUCCGCUCUUCUGCAUCCUCUUCGGUGCACUCGGACGAUGGCGCUUCCUCAUCAUCCCUAGUCUACCAUUCCGAGGAGGAGCAAGAGGACCUCGGCGACCCAAACGUCAAGGCACCUAAGCAAAAGGCCGUCAAGGUCGAGCUGCCUGUCGAUGCUACCGCAACGGGUGCUCAAACUCGCGAGUCGACCUCGCGACUUCGACGACUCUGCAAAGCGAUCGUACCGGCAUAG